AUGUUCACCCGGUCGUUGAGCGGUGGAUGUGUUCUGUGGAUGUUGAUAGGAUUGAGUCAAAUUGUGCGCUCACAACCAUCCUCAUUCUCUCCUUUACGGCCACUGUUGCACUACUCGGAAUCGAGUAAACAUUAUCGAGAUCCCGCACUUGGCCCAUUCAUCUUGGUGACUGACUUGCAAAAUGGACGUUUGGGAAUGUUUCGAGAUGAGAAAAGGCACACUUUGUGGAACAAGAGGGAAAUGACGAGAGAUCGGAAGAUUGGGCUACUCCGUGACGGAUCCCUUUUGUUCACUUCUCCUCAUCCUCGUCUCGAUCGUUUAUCAAUUGAUCCGUUUGAGGGAAGGAUUCGGAGUUUAUUU